GACAUGCUUAAAGCAUUCGAUAACUACAAGGCAGCGGUGCUUUCCAUUAACCUGAACAGCAAAGAAUUCCAGAAAGCAGAUACCACAGAGUUCAAAGAGCUUCAGAACAGGCUUCAGAAGGUGAACUUGCAUUGGGAGAAAGCAACUCGUGCAUUGAACAGCUGGAGGAAAGGCUUACAACAUGCCCUGCUGCAUUGCCAGGUACAUACCAACCAGGUGAAAGCACUGUAAAAGUGUUUUUUCUUUCAUGUGCAAAUCUUGUUUCUCUAGGACUUCCAUGAUCAGAGCCAAAAACUAAUUCUGUGGUUAGCAAGUGCCGAUAGCCGAAGGAAUGAAGCACAAAUCACAGAUCCAAGUGCUGACCUCGAUACAAUACUGAAAUGCCAAAAGGAGCUAAUGCAACUGGAGAAAGAGCUGCUGGAAAAACAGUCCAAAGUCAACUCACUGCAAGAACUCACUGUGUACCUGCUACUGAAAUCACAUGGUGAUUACAUUGAAGCUGACGAGAAGGUCUACGUAAUCGGAUGGAAACUGAAAAGGCUUACUGAACAAGUUUCACAAGACAUAAAAACAAUACAAAGAAAUCUGGAUACCAGAACAUUCCCGCUAGUUGCAGAUGACUUGGACUCAGGAGUCUACAAUCCAGUCGCAGAGAAAUCCAGCCCUGCUGUGGAGAAGAGGUGA